AGAUAUUUUGUUGAAUUGGUUUGACUGGGUCUCUUCUUGAUCAAACCACCUGCUCUUUACUCAGGUUCUGUAGCCACCUUUGAUUUGACAUGAUUUCCCCAAACUCUCACUUCACACUGGACGUAGAUAAUUAUAUUCACAUGUAUUUUAUAUGCUAGCCUCGUGUGCACUCGCGAGAGACUCCGCAGCAGUUGCUUAGCGUUGUUAAGGAAGCAGUUCAUGCGGUCGGCGCGACAUCAAGAGUGAGAUGCGUUUCCGCGACACUGUCAGUCUAGCUUGUCACUACACGCACAACUUGACGGUACAACUACUUCUAGGUCAGGAUUAACGCUACUAUGCGUAUUAAAUUUCAGGCCUGCCUGAAUGCACAUGUUGUUUAUUUAUUAAAUACUUUUUUUCUGUGUUACCAGUAGAUAAAGUGACAACUACUUUUGAUAACAUAUAGUAAAGUGACGGGGGGGGAAGCGGACGAGAAGGUCUAUACAUCUAGACCUAAACGGAAGAUUUUCUCUUUAAGAACAAAAUAGGCUGCUUAACAAAGACAGCCAUGAAGUUGGAGUUAAUUUGACAAACGAGCCAUCUCUCCAUCCCUCCCCUCCUCCUCGCUCUCUCUCUCUGCGAUGCCCCGCUCCUUCCUGGUGAGGUCUAAGAGGGGGUCCUGUCACUCCUCCCGGCCGCCCAGAGACGUCAGCUCUUACCUGCGCCCGGUGGAAUCGCCCGAGUCCCUGAGGAACGCAGGCACUGAGUGGGCCGCCCCUGUCAGGACCCCUGUGCCACCGAAGGACCCGGGGACGGGCGCGGUGGAGGCUGUGCCCUCCCCCCCGUCCCCCUCGCUCUCCAGCUGGCCCGAAGCCUCCAAAGACGUCUCCCCUACACACCCUCACAUCUGGCGCUCUCUGCACCCCAAAGACCCGAGCAGGCGGCAGCCUCAUGACCCCCAUGACCCCACACACCCCUGCGAGUCGUCCCAGGAGCUCCAGAGGCUGCUGGAAGUGUAUCAGCGGGGUGGCGGCCAAGCUGCAGGCUGUCCUCAGAUCAGUGUCAGCGCCUCCCCUCUGGGGUCAUACCCAUUCUGUAGUAAGGGUUUCUCCUCUGUCUCCGGGUCAGAGGCCAUCAUACACAGGGCUGAUGGAGGUCUGCACAAGCUCAGCGUCUUGAAGAGUGAUGGCACGGUCCUCCGAACCUGCUCAGACGCAGGCCACAGAGGCCACAGAGGUCACCGAGGUCACAAGGAGAGGACGUUCCAGUGUACGGUGUGCAGUAAGGUCUUCAAGCGCUCCUCCACCCUCUCCACCCACCUGCUCAUCCACUCUGACACACGGCCCUACCCCUGCCAGUACUGUGGCAAGAGGUUCCACCAGAAGUCCGACAUGAAGAAACACACCUUCAUACACACAGGAGAGAAGCCCCACGUGUGUGCGGUGUGUGGCCGCGCAUUCAGCCAGAGCUCCAACCUGAUCACACACAGCCGUAAGCACUGCGACCAGAGGCCCUUCAGCUGCCCACGCUGCCUCUACAGCUGCCAGCGCAAGGUGGAGCUGCGCAGACACCAGGAGCUGCACUGCGCACACACACUGCUGUAUGCUCAGAGCUAAACACACACACACACACACAC